UCCCUGAUGACAAAGCUGAUAGUUCACCACGUAGGUUUGGCAGUACUAAAUACCCUUUGAGUCGAAGAUCUCAAAUUGAUCUUAAGGAAAAAGCAAGAGCUGAAUUAGAUUUCAGGAUUAAAAAUAAACAACCUCGCGGAAUAUUCGCUCUUGUUAGGUAA